AUGGAGUAUAGUACCAGGAGGACUGACCUGCCAGAUACCCACAGGACUGUAAAUGCAAACUCGUCAGAAACAGGUGGUGAGAGUAGGAAUAUUGCCUCUCGCGGAUUUAUUAGUGCUGAUGAAUCGUGCACGUCUUCUUCCCCAGUCACUAUACUACGGGACUCGGCUGCAGAUAUAUCAUUGGUGCUCAAAGAGGCUGUUCCUAACCCUGAUUGUUACACUGGAGAGAUGGAGUAUGGUAAACUAUUCAGUGAUGUACCUCGUCUUUGCCCAUUGCUGGAACACGAUGUUGAGACUAGGGAUGCUCAACCAGUACGCCAAGCUCCCUAUCGCCUCAAUGCAGAGAAGAGGGCAUUCCUACAGGCAGAGGUUCAACGUCUGAAAGAACAGGGGAUCAUCAUUCCCAGCCUUAGCCCCUGGGCAUCACCCGUGGUGCUAGUUCCCAAGAGUAGCGGUACUUACCGUCUGUGUGUGGACUACAGGAAGGUGAAUGCGGUAACUGUGGCGGACUCGUUUCCCCUCCCGAGGAUGGAUGACAUUAUUGAUGAUUUGGGGAAGGCACGCUACCUGACGAAACUGGAUCUUCUCCAGGGCUACUACCAAGUUCCGUUAACGUUUAUUGAAAAUGUGAAGUUUAGAAACAUGCGAGUGUUAAGGUCCGCUUCAUCUCAUGUACCCGUGGGAUUGGAAUUUUUGUGGUGCGGGUUCCCCUCGAUGUUUGCUGAUCCCGUGCUGAAACCACGGCCCGUUUCCCCAAAGUAUGCUGUAUCAAACCGCUGCAGGGCAACCUCAUCCUCGAAAAAUUCCAGGGCUGCAGAUUCUCAGUGCUCUGAGGAAGAAGCCGAUCACAAAAACCAGAUUUCGCUAUAUCGGCAUCUAGCUCGUUUCCCCAUGGACGGCCCUGUCACAGGUUGCUCCCCGCGAGAGAAACCCCGGGUGGGACGACCUAGGGGGAUCAUGGGUCGGGCAGCUCGCGAGCCCGUGCAAGGGGUUUUGGAGGGCGUGGCCUCCCUGGAGACCGAAUCGAGGGAUCCUU